GAGCUAGCUAGUAGCACUUACAACACACAAGUUCACUUAAUUUACUACACUUAGUUCAGACGAUGAAGAAAUCCUCCGCCGUCACGUCACCGCCGUCUCUCUCCUUUUUUCUUCUCAUGCUCCUACCAUUGCUAGCUCAGUCCUCCGACGACCUUAUCGACAAAAUCUGCAGAGUGACGCCGUUCAUCGACCUCUGCGAAGCCUCUCUCCGCCCACUCGCUCCCUCACCUUCUGAUCCCAAGUCUUUAGCCUCCGCCAUGGCUUCCGUUGUUCUUGGUAACAUGACAGAUACCCUAGGAUAUAUCAAGUCUCUGAUCAGACAUUCUCACGAUCCGGCGGCGGAGCGAGCACUGGCUCAGUGCGCUGAGCUGUACCGGCCGGUGGUCAAGUUCAACAUUCCUCAGGCGAUCGAGGCAAUGCGGCGAGGGGAGUUCGGAUUCGCGACGUAUGUGCUCGGAGACGCUGAGAAACAGACUGAUACUUGUCAGAAGUGGAUCAAUAGUGCCGGUGCGGACGAUGAAAGCUCGGUGGCUCUUACGGCUAGGAACAAGCAGGUUAAGAAUCUUUGUGACGUGGCCAUUUCUGUGAUUAAGUCUUUAAUGAAGGGUCGUUAAGAGUUAAGACAAGAAUCUCUGUUUCUGUUACAAAUAAUAAUUAUAUAUAUAUAUACAUAUUUGUGAUUAUUGAUA